CUUGCACUCUACAUAGAACUUAGAAGAGCAGAGCAGUUAUUUCAGUGCACAGAACAUCGAGAGGAUUGAAUAUACUGAGACAUUAAUAAAGUAAGAUAUAAAAACAGCCAGGAUACUACUAGAUAAAUACUACUAGAAAUUGCACUGAUGGAAAUUUCACAGGACUCACCUUCUUUGGUGAUGAAUCUCCAUGUACCUUCCGUGCUUCAGCAGCAACAACAACAACAACAACUAGCACAGGGUACAGAGAUGAACCGGCUGGCACAAAAUACCCAGCAGCGAGACAUGAUCCCUCUGGACAACAAGGCUAACUGUCUCCUCUCCCAGGAAGAAUCGAUCCAGGAGAACAAAGAGAAAAUUACCAGUGAUGGUACAGAAUCUGAUCACGUCCAGGCCUUUGAGAAAGAGUGUGCUCAAAUGGCUGAGAUCAGGAAUGCCUACCAGUCGGAGAAGGAGAAGAUAGAAUAUGAAAGAAAAAAGACAGAGAAAAAUGCUAUGUGUGAGGACACGGAGGCUUUCGAGAUAGAAAAGAAAGAGAUGGCCAUGACGAGAGAGGACUACAUUCAAGAAAAGUCAGACAUACAGAGAAUGAGGGAGGCUUUCGAGUUGGAGAGAGAAAACAUGAAAAAAGAAAGAGAGGCCUUCAAAAAAGAACUUAAGGAACAAAAUAUGAAAAAGGAAGCCUUUAAUGAUGAAUAUCAUGCUAUGAUUAAUGACCGCGAGAUGUUCAAGAGAGCAAAGGAAGAAAUGGCAAUGAUGAGAAAGGCCUACAUUCGGGAAAAGAUCGGAAUCCAGAGGAUGAGGGAUGCUUUCCAGUUGGAGAAGGAGAACAUAGAAAAGGAAAGAAAAGCUUUUGAUAGAAAACCUAAGAAAAAAUAUAGGAGGAGAAAGGCUUUUAAUGAUGAAAAACACACUAUGUGUGAAGAGAGGAAGGUGUUUGAGAUGGAAAGGACGGAGAUGGAAAAGAUGAGGGAGGCCUUCAUUCAAGAAAAGACGGACAUCCAGAAGAUGAGAGAUGCUUUCCGAUUGGAGAAGGAGAACAUAGAAAAAGAAAGAAAAGCCUUCAAUAAAGCACUUAGGAAAAGAUAUAAGAGGAGAAAGGCUUUUAAUGCUGAAAAACAUGUUAUGUGUGAGGAGAGGAAGGUGUUUGAGAUGGAAAAGAUGGAGAUGGAAAAGAUGAGGAAAGCCUACGUUGAAGAAAAGACACACAUCCAGAGCAUGAGGGAGGCUUUGAGCAAACAGGCAGAUAUGAUGAUGCAGAAGAAAAAUGCAUCACUGACAGAACAAAAAUCACCAACAACCAGUGCUGUCGGCAUGUCAAAUAAUUCAUCCUCCAGCUUUGUUUCUGUUUGAGCCAGCAGGGACGAACAUGGCAACAGCAGCUGUACCAAGAAACGUAAACACCAAAGAGUGCCAUUGUACAUCGACAUUUAUUUAUGUUGUAUAUGUUACAAAUAAAAGUCUUCUCUGUUCUCAACCAA